CGCUCCCUCGCGGGCUUCGUAUAAAGCUCGGACGGUUGCGGAGGAGGGUUUUCAGGGCGGAAAAGAAAGAAACCAGCCGUAGAAGAGGGCGCCCGGAGCGAAGAAAGAUGGAUCGGUACCAGAGGGUGGAGAAGCCGCGGGAGGAGACGCCAACUAAUGAGAAUGAGAUCCGUGUUACAAGUCAAGGGAGAAUGCGCAACUACAUCACAUAUGCCACCAGCCUACUUCAGGAGAAAGGUUCAAAUGAAAUUAUCUUCAAGGCAAUGGGAAGAGCUAUCAACAAAACUGUCAUGAUUGUGGAACUGAUAAAGAGAAGGAUUGUUGGUCUCCAUCAAAAUACUGCUACUGGAUCUAUUGACAUAACUGAUACAUGGGAACCAUUAGAAGAAGGCCUACUUCCGCUUGAGACCACUAGGCAUGUGUCUAUGAUCACUAUAACUUUGUCCAAGAAGGAGCUUGAUACAUCCUCUGUUGGGUAUCAAUCUCCUUUACCCACAGAUCAGGUGAAACCAUUACCUGAAUUUGACUAUGAAGGAGAUGGCUCACCUGCUGGUCGAGGUAGAGGCCGCAGUGGUCGUGGCAGAGGGAGGGCUCGUGGUAAGUUUGAUGAUAUGGGAAUGGGAUUCUUUGUUCAGCUUUCAUUCAUUAUAUUUAGUAUUUACAAGUUAUGCUUAGGAAAUGGCACCAUGGACUAUGGUGAUGGAGGCUGGGAUGAUAGAGGUCAUGGAUAUGGUAGAGGUGGAUAUCCCCGUGGCUGGGGCCGUGGUUUCCGGGGUCGUGGCAGAGGAGGCAGGUAUGGUGGCCGACCUGAUUAUCAGCAAGAAAUGGGUGGCUAUAAUGGCGAGGCACCUGUUCGUGUCCAGGGCCGAGGUCGUGGUCGUGGGAGGGGUCAAACCCGAGGAAGGGGACAUGAUUCUAGAUCAAAUGGACCGAUCCAUGCCAGUAUUGGUGGGGUGUAACUGGAUCACAGUUCAAGCAAAACUUCUUCUUUAUGACUUGUUGGAUGCCUGCUCCUUUACAAAGGCUUGUCAUUUGUCCUUUGGUUAUAGAUUAAUGAUAGUGUGUGUAUGCUGUCGUGCCAUGGACUGGCAGUGGUAUCUUUAUGAUUAUGUAGGCUUAGUAGCUGUUCCAUUUUUAAUUCUUAUUAGAUUGAACUAAUUGUAGGAUUCAAUAAUUAGAGCAGUACAUUCUUUUAUUUUUCCAAGGCUGGCUUGAUGAAGUAUACUGGUGUUGUUAAUCUCUCACUAAUGAUUUUCCCAGAGGUUGGCUAUCUGUAUAAGUGUGUGUUUUCUCUUCAUUAAAAACAAAAAAAUCAAAAUGACUUUUUUUUUUUUU